AUGGGUGUUACCGUUGAAAGAAUUGCUCCUGGUGAUGGCAAGAACUUCCCCAAGAAGGGUGACAAGGUUACCAUCCACUACGUUGGUACUCUCGAGAACGGUGACAAGUUUGAUUCUUCUCGUGAUCGUGGAUCUCCUUUCCAAUGUACUAUCGGUGUUGGCCAAGUCAUCAAGGGUUGGGAUGAAGGUGUCACUCAAUUGUCUGUUGGUGAGAAGGCCAGAUUGAUCUGUACUCAUGAUUAUGCUUAUGGUGAACGCGGUUACCCCGGUCUCAUUCCUCCCAAGGCUACCUUGAACUUUGAAGUUGAACUCCUCAAGAUCAACUAA